UCUGAAAAAUUAAUCCUCCAUUUAUUUCUACAAUUGGCUCCCUUUUCUUUUUCUUUCUCAAUUUUCGCUAAUCUGGCUAAUUCCAAUCCGUGGUGGGUCAGUCCGGUGGGGUUUCCGACCACCACCCCGAUAUCAACCACCGUCGACGGCAGUGGAAGAGAUAAAGAUGACGAAGAAGAUGAGCCAAAGGGUGGCGGUGUGGAGGUCGGAAGCCGCCGAUCGAGAGGGCGGCCACCGGGAUCAAAAAACAAACCAAAAUCUCCAAUCAUCGUGACGCGCGACAGCCCUCACGCGCUUAGCACGCACUUGAUAGAAAUCGUCGGAGGAGCCGACGUCGCGGAAAGUAUAAACCAAUUCUGCUGCCGCCGGCAACGUGGAGUUUGUGUUCUCAGUGGCAGCGGUACGGUCGUGGACGUAACUCUCCGGCAAUCCGCGGCUUCCGCCGCAGUGAUCCAGCUUCGUGGCCGGUUCGAGAUUCUGUCUGUGAGUGGGUCUUUUCUUCCCGGUCGAGCACCACCCGGUUCAACCGGGCUGACCGUAUACUUGGCUGGCGGUCAGGGGCAGGUGAUUGGAGGGACGGUCGUGGGUCCACUAUUGGCGGGUGGGCCUGUCAUGUUGGUAGCUGCUACUUUUGCUAAUGCAACUUAUGAGAGACUUCCUUUACAAGACCAUCAUAAUUGUGAAGAAAGAGAGGCUUCUCCGGCCGCCACGAGUGCCGGAGAAGUGGAGGAGCCGCCCCCUCCACCGCCGUAUCCUCGCAUGGAAACUUCAAUUUACGACUUGAUUGCACCAAAUAAUAGUCAUGGACUUGAUGGCUAUGCUUGGGCUCAUGAGAGACCAUCUCUUCUUUACUUUCACUUACUACUCCUACUACACAUUAUGUUUGAAAUUUCUCUUCAUGAAUCUUCAUGGUCUUUUUUCCUUUUCCUUUUCCUUUUUUUUUUUUUUAAAUUUUACAAAAUGUAGUUCUAUUAUCUCUCUAUUUUGUUACAUUCAUAUUAUUAAAUUUAUAUCAUUAAUAUUUUGCAAGA